AUGCCCCGUGACGCCGCCCCUCUCGUCGGCUCUGGAGGUGGGGGAACCAGCCAUGCAGAACUCGUCACCAACCUCCGCAAAAAUGGCAUUAUUAAGUCGGAGAAGGUGUAUGAAGUCAUGCUGGGAACAGACCGGGCGCAUUUCUCCAGGUGUAACCCUUACAUGGACUCACCGCAGUCGAUAGGUUAUCAAGCGACCAUUAGUGCUCCACAUAUGCACGCUUACGCCUUGGAGCUGCUCCAUGAUCAGCUUUACGACGGAGCCAAGGCCCUGGACGUGGGCUCUGGGAGUGGCAUUUUAUCAGUCUGCUUUGCACGAAUGGUAGGUCCUAAAGGGAAAGUCAUAGGCAUCGAUCACAUUCAAGAACUCGUAGACGAUUCAAUAAAAAAUGUAAAGAAAGACGACCCCAGUUUGUUAACGUCAGGAAGAAUCAAGCUAAUGGUGGGAGACGGGCGGAUGGGCUGUCCCGAGGAGGCUCCCUUUGAUGCCAUCCAUGUCGGAGCAGCAGCCCCCAACGUUCCACAGGCGCUCCUGGACCAGUUGAAACCAGGUGGGCGGCUCAUCCUGCCUGUGGGACCAGCGGGGGGGAACCAGAUGCUGGAGCAACAAAGACAAGCAGUGGUCCAGGUGGAAGUGACUCCUCUGUCUCCUCUCUCCUCUCCUUCUCGCGGGGUCAAAGGGAUGAACUUUGAAGAUUCCCGCGGCUCCAGUUUGAAGUCGGAGAAAUCCAAGGGACGAGAGAAACCUCACUUUUGUUCAAACCAUCGUUAA